AUGGCCGAGUUUCUUUCGCAACUCACCUCAGUGUCAUCAGGUAGCUCCGAUGAAGACCAUGACAGGCGGAUCCGUGACCUGAUCACAUACCUUCAACAGCCGAGUAGGGCUUCUGAGCUUUCAGUAGCCAGCGGAUAUUUACUAGAUAACCUCGAUCCUUAUCUACACACUCUGUCCUAUUUAUCAGUCUUCCUUCUUAAGAUCCAGUCCCUCCAGGGCAGUAACAGGAGCCGGCUACCCGAGCAAAUUCAUCCCGGGCGAGAACUAUGGCUCAAGGCUAUUCGAUUUUUGAGAAGCUUUGAUCCUUCUCAAAUACGGUAUGCUGGUCACGAAUGGCGCCGGCUAGUACAGCUUGUGGUCCAAGCUGCGCAGGCUGUCUCCAAGCCACUCCUGGCAGUUCUAGCUGUCAGGGAUGCCAUACUUCGACUUGACCCCUUGUCUGAGGUCCUCACAUCGGUUCAUACUACGUUUAUUAAACUCACCUUGAUAUCUAGGUCGUAUAGCCUUGCUGUGCCAGUUUUGGAGAGACAGGUUUGUCAUUUUCCUACUGUUACUGGACAGGCUUAUCAGAAUUAUCACCAGCCUUUCCUUUGUGGGGAACACGAGUCUAGCACGGCGUUUAUAACCGAUGCUUCUGGAUUUUCCAAGCAGCUGACAUACAGAGACCAUCUGCAAUUUUUUCUCUAUGGUGCAAUGAUAUACAUGGCGCUAAAAAGGUGGGAUAGGGCACUUCACUAUUUAAGCAUAGUGAUAUCCUGCCCUGUCACAAAUGCCGUCAGCAAGAUCAUGGUAGAAGGGUACAAAAAGUGGCUCUUAGUCAACCUGUUGCGAAGCGGAAAGUUGACCGCACCUCCGGAUGUUGUCUCUUCACAUGUGAUCAGAGCAUAUCAGUCCUUGGUGAAGCCAUAUACCUCACUGGCCGAUGCAUUUGUGAAGGGUGAUUAUCAAAGGUUAAAAGCUGAAGCUGAAGCUGCACAGUCUAUUUGGCGUCUAGACAAUAACACCGGUCUUGUCCACCAAGUAAUCAAGACAUUCAAUAAAUGCAUGACCCUGAAAUUAGGGAGGACAUUUUCUGCCCUUACAAUGGCAGAUGUAACACAACAGGCGUCCGAUUGCUCAUCUCCGCUCCGUGAAGUUGAGUCGUCUAUGGCAUCACUUGUAAUGUCAGAGGCUUUCAAUGCUGUCCUGCUACAAUCACAUAACCCUGACGACACUACAAUGCUUCGAUUUUCCAAUCCAAUGAAGUCUCUCUAUUCGCGGGAACUAUAUGCACGGGGGAAGAUAGUGAAAGAGGGUCGGCAAUUGGGUUUUGUUGCGCAAAAUAUUUAUCAGUCCAACCAUGGGCUGGAGCUGAGUAAUGAGCAUUUUCUGUUUUCGCAAAAGAGCCUCAGGUGGUCUGACAAUUCUGGAAAAAGUCCACUUGACGAGGCGGCCGGUGGGAUUGACAUUGAAGAAGAUAUUAUGGGUGAUAUCCAUUGA